AUGGCGACUGAAACUCCAGAACCCACACAGAAUGAGGAUCCACCUCGGACGCCGGAGGAGGAGUUCGAUUUUGAGACGCAAGAUCGUCCCGACCGUGGCUUGGUUCAACUCAAAACCUAUCGCCCGGCUGAGAAGACGUUCAUCAAAAUCGGAGAUGUCACCACAAUCCCCGAGGGACUCGCGGGCAAUGAAUUUUUUGUCUCGCGUGAAAUCUUGCUACUUUCCAUUAUAUGA